GGAGCCAAGAUGGCGGCGGCGGCCGGGCCGGGGGGACCGGGCAGGCCUCAGGCCUGAGGCGGCCGCAUCGCGGGGCAGGGGCCGGGGCGGCGGCAGCGGCGGGGCCGGGGGCGGCGCAGGUCGGAGGAAAGCACCGGGGGUGGGGUGGGGGUGUUGGUUUAGGCUGUGUUUGUGACCCCCCCUUUUCCCUGCGGCUUAAGGGAGAAGGGGGGGCGGCCCGCGGCCUGGUGAGGGGGCGGCCGGGGGCCUCCAUGGCCCCCUGAGGGAACCCGCCCGGCCUCCAUAAAGGGACGAUGGAAGACGAGUGGGGGCCCGGCCCGGGGGGGUCCCCGCCUUGGGGUACCCCUUCCCCGCGACCGGACGGGGAGGAAGAAACCAAACGAGGCCGCGGUGGGGAUUGGGGGGGUUCGGAAAGCAGCGGAGACGCCCCGAAAGCGGCCGGGGAGGAGAAGGCAGCGGCCACCCCUCGGCCUCCUCCGGUUAAAAGCGGGGGGAAAUGCGGAGGAGCCGGGAGAGGGCCCGGGGGGCGCUGCCCGGCUGAGGAGCGGAGCCCCCGGAAGGCCCCGGAGGAACGCGGGGCCCGCAGCGGGGAUCGGCCGGGACCGGAGGACAAGGCCCGGAGGCCCUUUAGUAGUAGUGGGGGGGGUGGGGGUGGCCCCCGAAGCGGAGGGGACCCCCCCAGGGGGGAAUGGGGCUCUUCGUGGCUCUCGGCUGAGCCGGACCCCCCCGAGGACUUCCUGCCCCCCCCCGAGUGCCCGGUGUUCGAGCCCAGCUGGGCCGAGUUCAGCGAUCCCUUGGGUUACAUCGCCAAGAUCCGCCCCAUCGCCGAGAAGAGCGGCAUCUGCAAGAUCCGACCCCCGGCCGACUGGCAGCCCCCCUUUGCCGUGGAAGUCGACAACUUCAGGUUCACCCCCCGCAUCCAGCGCCUCAAUGAACUGGAGGCCCAGACCCGGGUGAAGCUCAACUACUUGGACCAGAUCGCCAAGUUCUGGGAGAUCCAAGGCUCUUCCCUUAAGAUUCCCAAUGUGGAGCGGCGCAUCCUGGACCUCUACAGCCUCAGCAAGGUGGUGAUGGAGGAAGGGGGGUACGAGGCCAUCUGCAAGGACCGGCGUUGGGCCCGCGUUGCUCAGCGCCUCUCCUACCCCUCGGGGAAGAACAUUGGGUCCCUGCUGCGGGCCCACUACGAGCGCAUCAUUUACCCCUAUGAGAUGUACCAGUCUGGAGCCAACCUGGUGUGCAACACGAGGCCCUUUGAGAGCGAGGAGAAGGACCGGGAGUACAAACCCCACAGCAUCCCCCUGCGCCAGUCGGUCCAGCCCUCCAAGUUCAACAGCUACGGCCGGCGGGCCAAGCGGCUGCAGCAGGAGCCGGAGCCCACGGAAGAGGACAUCGAGAAGAACCCGGAGCUGAAGAAGCUGCAGAUCUAUGGGGCCGGCCCCAAGAUGUUGGGUUUGGGGCUGGUGGCCAAAGACAAGACCCUGCGGAAGAAAGACAAGGACGGCCCCGAGUGCCCCCCCACAGUGGUGGUCAAGGAGGAGCCGGUGCCCCCCGACCCCAAGGCCGAAGCGGGGUCCCCCCCCCCUAGGUCCUACCUGGAGGGGAAGGAGGAGCUGCGGCACAGCCCCGAGCCCUGCACCAAGAUGACGAUGCGCCUGCGCCGCAGCCAUAGCAACAGCCAGUUUGUGGACUCCUAUAUCUGCCGGAUCUGCUCCCGGGGGGAUGAGGAUGACAAGCUGCUCCUAUGCGAUGGCUGCGAUGACAACUACCACAUCUUCUGCCUCCUGCCCCCCCUGCCCGAGAUCCCCAAGGGGAUCUGGCGCUGCCCCAAAUGCGUCAUGGCGGAGUGCAAACGACCCCCGGAGGCCUUCGGCUUCGAGCAGGCCACCCGGGAAUACACCCUGCAGAGCUUCGGGGAGAUGGCCGAUUCCUUCAAAGCCGAUUACUUCAACAUGCCCGUCCACAUGGUCCCCACGGAGCUGGUGGAGAAGGAAUUCUGGCGCCUGGUGAACAGCAUCGAGGAGGAUGUGACGGUGGAAUACGGCGCCGACAUCCACUCCAAAGAGUUCGGCAGCGGGUUCCCCAUCAGCGACGGCAAACGGAAGCUCUCCCCCGAGGAGGAGGAAUACGCUGGGAGCGGAUGGAACCUGAACGUGAUGCCGGUGCUGAAGCAGUCGGUGCUGUGCCACAUCAACGCCGAUAUCUCCGGGAUGAAGGUGCCCUGGCUCUAUGUGGGUAUGGUUUUCUCGGCCUUCUGCUGGCACAUUGAGGACCACUGGAGCUACUCCAUCAACUACCUCCAUUGGGGGGAGCCCAAGACGUGGUACGGGGUCCCCUCGUUCGCCGCCGAGCACCUCGAGGAGGUGAUGAAGAAGCUGACGCCGGAGCUGUUCGAGAGCCAACCGGACCUCUUGCACCAGCUCGUCACCCUCAUGAACCCCAACACCCUCAUGGCCCAUGGGGUGCCGGUGGUCCGCACCAACCAAUGCGCCGGCGAGUUCGUCAUCACCUUCCCUCGCGCCUACCACAGCGGCUUCAACCAGGGCUACAACUUCGCCGAGGCCGUCAACUUCUGCACCGCCGACUGGCUCCCUGCUGGCAGGCAAUGCAUCGAGCACUACCGCCGCCUGCGCCGUUACUGCGUCUUCUCCCAUGAGGAGCUCAUCUGUAAGAUGGCUGCGUGCCCCGAAAAGCUGGACCUCAACCUCGCCGCUGCCGUGCACAAGGAGAUGUUCGUCCUGGUGCAGGAGGAGAGGAAGCUGCGGAAAGCACUGCUGGAAAAGGGUAUCACGGAGGCGGAGAGGGAAGCGUUCGAGCUGCUGCCUGAUGAUGAGAGGCAGUGUGAUAAGUGCAAGACAACGUGUUUCCUCUCGGCCCUGGCCUGCUAUGACUGCCCCCAGUGUCUGGUCUGCCUCUACCACAUGGAUGAUCUCUGCAAGUGCCCCCGUAGCAAGCAGUACCUCAGGUACCGGUACACGCUGGACGAGCUCCCGGCCAUGCUGCACAAGCUCAAGGUCCGGGCCGAGUCCUUCGACACCUGGGCCAACAAAGUGCGAAUGGCGCUGGAGGUGGAGGACGGGCGCAAGAGGACGCUGGAGGAGCUGCGGGCGCUGGAGUCGGAGGCGCGGGAGCGGAAGUUCCCUGAGAACGAGCUCCUGCACCGGCUCAAGGGGUGCCUGGGCCAGGCCGAGCGCUGCGUGGCCGAGGCGCUGGGGCUCAUCAGCUCCCAGGAGACCGGGGUCCCUGCUCCCUCGCUCACCGUGGAGGAGCUGCGCACGUUCCUGGAGCAGAUGAACCACCUGCCCUGCGUCAUGCACCAGAUCGGGGAGGUCCAGGCCCUCCUGGACCGUGUGGAGCAGUUCCAAGCCGAGGCCCGCUCCGCCCUGGACCAUUCCCCCCCUGCAUCCCCGGGGGCCCUGCGGGCGCUCCUGGAGCGCGGUGCCCGCCUCGGCGUCGAGGUCCCCGAGGGCCGGCGGCUCCAGCGGCAACUGGCCCAGGGCGCUUGGCUCGAGGAGGUGACGGCCACGCUGCGGGGACCCCGCGCCCGGGUCCCCCUCCCCGUUAUGAGGGGCCUCAUCCAGGCCGGCCGCACCGUGGCUCCCAGCCCCGCUGUGGAUGUGGCCAUGGCCGAGCUGCAGGAGCUGCUCACCAUAGCCCAGCGCUGGGAGGAGAAGGCUCAGAUGUGCCUGGAGGCCAGGCAGAAGCACCCCCCGGCCACAUUGGCCGCCAUCAUCAAGGAGGCUGAGAACAUCCCAGCGCUGCUGCCCAACAUCCAGGCCCUGAAGGAGGCCCUGGCCAAGGCCCGUGCCUGGAUCGCGGACGUGGAGGAGAUCCAGAACGGGGACCAUUACCCCUGCCUGGAUGACCUGGAGGGGCUGGUGGCCGUGGGCCGGGACUUGCCCGUGCGCCUGGAGGAGCUGCGGCAGCUCGAGGUGCAGGUGGGCUCCGCACAUUCCUGGCGGGAUAAAGCCUCCCGGACCUUCCUCAAGAGGAAUUCCUGCUACACCCUCCUGGAGGUGCUGUGCCCCUGCGCCGACGCCGGCUCCGACAGCAGCAAGAGGCUCAAGUGGAGGCAGGAGCCAGGGCUCUACAAGCUCGAUGCUGAGAGCUUGGGGCUCUCGGCCCAGGACCUGCGGGAUCCCGGGGCUGUGAUCCUGGCCUUCAAGGAGGGCGAGCAGAAGGAGAAGGAGGGGAUGCUCCGCCUGCGCCUCGCCAACUCCCAGAAGGCCACGCCCCCUUCCCCAGGCCCUGGCGCCCCCUCCUGCGUCUGCGGGCAGCCCCCGGGCCCGGCCAUGCUCCAGUGCCAGCUCUGCCGGGACUGGUUCCACGGCUCCUGCGUGCCUUGGCCUCGCCUGGGCUCCCAGCAGCCGUCUCCUGCCUGGUGGGAAUGGGAAGCCAAGUUCCUGUGCCCGCUGUGCCAGCGCUCGCGCCGCCCGCGCCUCGAGACCAUCCUGGCCCUGCUGGUGGCCCUGCAGAAGCUGCCCGUGCGCCUGCCCGAGGGAGAGGCCCUGCAGUGCCUCACCGAGAGAGCCAUCACUUGGCAGGACCGGGCCCGUCAGCUCCUGGCAUCACCGGAGGUGGCCGGGCCCUUGGAGCGCUUGGAGGGGCUGCGGCAGCGGCUCCGUGGGGAUGGAGCUGGAGGAGGCGAUGGGGCCUUGAGGGAGGCGAGGAAUGAGCAGAAUAAGGUGUCAGUGGAGAACGGCGAUGGGCUCAGCCCGGAGAAGAACGGAGCCUGGUCCUCAG